AUGCCUAUGAAUCUCAAAGGAAGCUGCCAAUGCGGCGGCGUCGAAUUUACUCUACAGUCUCAAACACCAGUUCCCUACCAGCUAUGCGCUUGCAGCAUCUGCCGUAAAGUAGGCGGAUACCUCGGGGCAGUGAACCUAGGCGGCAUCGCCGAUAGCCUGGAUAUCAUGAAGGGCAAAGAUCUGAUCAAGUACGACCCAUCUAUAUCCACUCAUAUCCACUCACUUCUACUAUGGGAGACAGGAUCCGCCGAGAAACGUCAUUUCCUACACUGGGAUACGAAAUACUCUGGCAUCAAAGACCGCGGUACACCAGAUGAAAAGGUUUGCUCCUCUGAGCGGAACUUCUGCUCGAAUUGCAGUACCAUGCUGUGGGUUUGGGACCACCACUGGCCCGAACUGAUCCAUCCGUUUGCCUCCGCAAUCGAUACGGAGUUGCCGGUGCCCGACGAGAUGGUGUGUAUCAUGGAUGGAUCGAAGCCGGCGUGGGCUCGGUGGCCGGAGGGAAUGAAGAGUGUGCACGAGGAGUAUGGUAAGGAUAGUCUUGAGGGAUGGCACAAGAAGCAUGGUUUGUUCGUCGAGUAG